AUGCUGGACAUCUCCGAUGAGCAGAGCAAGCUGCAAAUAAAGUUCCUAAAGGCGCUUGACCUGUUCUGCAUUUUUAAAUUUAUCAUCACCAAUGACGUAAAGAUACACGAAAGGGAGACGUACGACCUGCUGAGAAGCAUCCUGAACACGUAUUCCCUCAUCAGUAUCAAAAAUCCGUCUAGGGAAAUAUUUUCCGAAGCGGAAAAGAUAUACAAGAAAUACUUUUGCAGCAAUGGGGAAGAGACGAGUACAUCUGCCUCUGCCGGUUGUGAAGCGGAACUGGUGCCAGACUCAGAGAAGGCUCAACGGAAUGGCCCCACUGCCCUGAACAGCAACACAUAUAAUGGGGUGAGCAGCGCACAGAAGGGGAUGCACAACGCAGGGGAAAUCUUCACGAAUGACUCCCUCUUCUCGAAACACCUAAGUAACAAGCAAAUAUUUCAAUUCUUUAAAUUCCCUAAAAGCAAAAAAGUGGGGGACUAUGUUAACAAGUGCUGCGUGGACGAACUCAUAAACGAGCCAUUAAAUAUAAAUGUAGGUUUCGUCAAAUUUGACAAGAAAAAAAGACGAAAAAAAAAAAGGAAGAAACCCAAAAAAGGGACAGUUAACAUUCCUACAAAUUUGUGUAAAUAUAGCAGCGACUCAGGGAUACAUAAUUCUCGCCACAAAAACUCUUGUAGUUGUCUCGACCAAUCAAAGGAAGACUAUAAAAUUUCUACAAAGUAUUUUAAAAAAGUCGUCAAUGAAGAGGACCUAUCCGUUUCUGAUUCGUCGGAACGAUUUCCCAAUUUGAGAAAUUCAUUUGUUAAAGUUCCUGCCACUAGUUACUUCGGCUUGAAUAACUCCAACUGCUAUAUCUCGGAGGAUGAAUCCGAUUAUAACUACUACAGCGAGAAUACCAAUAGGGACGACGCGGAGAGGGAACCCCACAAGAACAGAAACGUCAAGCUGCGGAAUCAGUACCUCUCGGUGAAGCUCUCCUUGUACAACUCGCGUCUGUGCAAUAGCGGCGGGAAGGCGGACUCGGGGAGUGCAAUGGAGAGUGGCCUCUCCAACGGGGACAGCGCCGUUAAGCUCGCGAAUUACGCGAACUACCAUGGCCACGCCAACAGAGAAAAAGGUGCAACUGCCGCAACUGCCUCUAACGGUGCAACCGCUUCAAACGGAGCAACCGCUUCAAACAGAGCAACCGCUUCUAACGGUGCAAACCACUUUUACGACGAGACCUCCAUGUGCUUCAACCACUUCUACGAAAUACACAACAUCCUCAACCGAGACCCCAACGGGCUGCGAAAAAUAAAAAUUAUGAUAAAAAAGGACAUCGGAACCAUCAACAUAUCCCCCUUCUACGUAAACUUCGACUGCACCAGAAUAUUUAAAAAAGUCUGCAGAGCUUUUAACUUCACCAAUUUUGAUUACAAGAAUCAAGGAGUCUACCAGAUUAUUAACUCCUGUUUCAGUACGGCAAAAUCGAGGGAAAUUUUAAAACACAUUUUUCUAGACGACCUUUAUGAGCAGCAAGAAAUAUUUGAUAGCGAAGUGAAUGGCAAAAAGAAUGCCAGGAAAAAAAAUCUGUUCAAGAUGAGGAAUAAAGAGCAUGUUUUAGAAAUGCUGGACGAUGAGAAAAGGAUUAACGUCUUGUAUUUUAUUAAUCGCUUCUUAUAUUCGCAGAAAACGCCUCUCUCCAAUUUGUUUACAAGUCAGUCCCUAGGAAGUGGCGGGAAACCCCUGGAGGACCAGGCCUUCGAGAGGUCAAGGCGGUCGAAUGAGUGGGUCCAGCCGCUCCCACGGCAACAGCAGGAACAAUCUCCAUCACCGCAACAACAGGAACAGUUACCUCCACCGAUGCAGGCGAGCCCCUUCUGCGCGCCCGACGACGACCCCCCCUUCGACGAACUCACCAUCGAUUACCUACUCUUCCUAAUGGUCUUCGAAAAAAAAAUUGACGAGAAGUUUCACAAAUACCUGCUGCAGAAGAUUGACUCGUGCAGGGACUACUUGUCAGCAGAGGGGCAAGAUAAGACGGCCCUCGAUGCCACCUACGUCUCCGCCGCCACCGCAUCGUCGUCCGAUUCGGAACCGGAUCGAAGUGCCCCUCACCACAAGGUCCGGAAGAUUGAAUGUAGUUCCUUCCAUCACCUCCAUGGGCAAGUUGAGAAGAAGCAGGUGAGCGAUACUGAUUCAUCCCAUGUUACGCAAAAUCGCCUUGAGGAGUUUAAACGUGAGGAAACUUCUUUUGGAAGAGUUGGAGGAAGCCGCAUUGUUCAUGAUGGUCACCUUGUGGUAGGGGACAAAAUGGAAGCCGCUUUACCAUCGGGGGGGAGAUACCCCUCAUCCAUCGUCAACAGGGAGUUAACUUCCAUUGGCUCGUUUACGUCCCUCACGUCCGUCGCGACACAGGUGACCAUAACGACGCAGGAUAGUAUCUCCACGCAGAGUGCCAUCUCAACGAACGGUACCAUCUGUCGGCAGGCCACCCCUGCGUCGGACAAUGCCAACAGCCCCUGCCGCAUGAGCAGUUGGGUGACUCCCCCCACACUCUGCAGCGCGAACAGCGUAACGUCAAGUGGGAUUUCCCUGACCAAUACACUCGCCACAAACGGGAUCCAAGACGAAACCGUAAUUGCUCCUCCCCCGAAGGUGGCAUAUAUCCAAUCCAAGUGGAACGAAUGUCAAAAGGAAACGCAACUUGUAAAAAAAACGAAUGAGCAGAUAAGUGAUUGCACGAAGAGCACCAAGAAGGAUGACUACGAAGAAAUGGAAAAUGGGAUAGAAAACGGGAUAGAAAACGAGAUAGAAGACGGGAUCGAAGACGGGAUCGAAGACGAUGAACAGAAUUAUUACGAACAAUUAAAAAACACAGAUACUCCAUCUGAAAUAGAACCCAAAUAUAAGAGCAAAGCAAAAUACAAAUCGGAACUUCAAAACGAAAUAACCCUCCUAAAAAGCAUAAGACCCUUCCCAACAGUGUACUGGUUAAUCAAUAAAAACAUGUGUGGUUAUAUUUCCCACUUGGAAAAAAUGAAUAUAAUAAAAAAUAUAGAAUACUUCGUAAAUUGCAAGAAGGAAGAAUUCCGCCUGCUCAGAUAUUAUCUCAUCUGUGACCAUCUCAAAUACAUAAUCAUUCGGUUGAGACAUAUCAACAAGAGGAUCUUGCGGUUCUUUUACAACUUAUUUCUAAAUAGUCUUAAUUUUAAGAAACAGUUCACCCCGGAUGACUGCAACCAUUGUAUAUCUUCCAUUUAUUCAAAUUCUUUUGACUUCUCACCUCAUAUGUUAAGUGAAUUCAUACAUUCCUAUCAGAUUGAUUCUCAAGUUAUUACCGAAAUCCUUCGGAAGAUCAACACACUACGGGUUAAAGGAAUUGGAGGCAUUUCAAACUUCUUAACCGUUAAAUGUAUACACCUUUAUUUUGCUUCUCAUUUGUCUUAUCCGAAUACCAUUGGAUAUAUUUUGGAGGAAUUUUUCAAGUCCUAA